CAACAACCGAAGAUAUUGAAGAGAUGACGGCUGAGAGCAACCGGAUUCAGACGGCUGCGAGCGACCUGAAUCAGUCAAGUCCAGUGCUUGGUCCACCCAACAGGGUUGGAAAGAUGACCACUGAGAAUAACCAGAAUCGGUUUCCCAGUCCAAGUCAAAUGGAUCCAGUUGUCAACAGUGGAAAGUGUAAAAACAUCGCCUGGUGUGCGCAACAGUAUCCUCCUUGGACAAGUGUGUUCAAUGUGUGGGACCUGUAUCCUCCUUCAAGUGGCUUGGCUAUGAAUGCAGAGGAGGAACAGUUUUCUAAAUGUUCCAGGGAUGAACUGCUGUCAGAUAAGGAUGAUGUACCAGAUUCAGAACUGGAUCAAAUAUCAGAUGACGACGAGAACAUGUCCGACAAGGACUACAUACCAGACUCGGAGUCACAAAAUGAUGAUGCUGAUGAUGAUGAUACAGAUGCAAGCAUCCCCUUUAUGCCUAGUCAGUCGAAAGCUAAACAGGUUCAAGUAAAUCCAGUACUACCUGAUGUUGGAACAUCUUAUGGGUCAGACACAAGCAUCCCAGUUGUGCCCAGCACAUCAAAAUGUUGGCCACCUCUUGAAGAUCCUAAUGCUGCUGAAACAUCUGUUUCAGUAAAUUCUAUCAAAGACUCAAAGGAAAAGCCAGAGGAUGAAGCUAAGCUUCAUGAACAAAAAUCAACACAUCUGACUAUGAGUAAAGAAAAUUACUGUUAUGUUUGUGGUAAGCCACAAAGCAAAAUUUCCGCCACUUGA